CUGAUAUAAACAUAUCGACCGAGAAAAUAAAAUAUCCAUACUCAUCGACACUUAUUUUAUACAUUUGUUUUUUUUUUUUGGCAGGUGACUCGGUUUCGUGUUCCGCCGGUGCAAGUUUUACACCACAUAUAAUCACAGUCAAUGCUGGAGAGGAUGUGACGAUGAAGGUUAUAUCUUUCUCUCAACAAGGCCCACGAGCAAUAUGCAUUCUCUCAGCCAAUGGUGUAGUAUCAAGUGUAACACUUCGUCAACCUGAUUCUUCUGGUGGUACAUUGACAUACGAGGGUCGGUUCGAGAUACUGUCGUUGACCGGGUCGUUUAUGCCGAGUGAUACGGGUGGAAUGAGAAAUAGGACAGGUGGCAUGAGCGUUUCUUUAGCUAGUCCAGAUGGUCGUGUUGUCGGUGGUGGAGUUGCCGGUUUGUUAGUAGCUGCAAGUCCGGUGCAGAUUGUGGUGGGAAGUUUUCUAGCGGGUAACCAGCACGAGCAAAAAACGAAGAAACACAAAUCCGAGUUAGUGACAGCUGUACAAGCGGCUUCGAUACCGAUUUCCAAUGCUGCGAUGGAAGAUAAUAAUAAUAACAAUACAUAUCAUACUUCCUCUUCUUUCCGUGGCGAUAGCUGGUCUCCGAUGCCACUCGAUAUGAGGAAUAACAACAAGUCCAGUAAUGAUAUUAAUUUAACUUUACCUUGAUAGUGAGAGAAUCCGACUUUUCGGAAACUUCUAGAAAACCUAUUUUCUCGAAACUUCACCUCUUCGUUUCAUUGCCUGUAAACCCGAGUAGUCAAUUGCAGGUGAAAAUCGUGUAGUAAUUUAGUCCAUUGUCGCCUUUUUUUCUUUUUUAAUUAUUUUUUUCCGCCUCUUCGUUAUGAUAGUAGAAUGAUUUAAUUAGAUGUGUAAUAUGUACUAUUGAAGUUCGAACUUGAAUAUCAGUUUUCGAUUUGUAAUUUUGUCGAUGUAGAAUUUCUUUUCGAGAGGUUGAUUGAAGAAUUUGCAUUUGCUGUUUAUAGAUGAAUAUAGUUUUGAUA